AUGUGCGAAGCUGGGGAAACCAUGCCUGCUUCCACUCAGAGCAGCACCCAUGUUCUUAGCACGUGCAGCGGCAACAGAGUUCAUAUUGGCGGCCUCUGCCCACAACAGCAGGGCUUAUCCCUGCUGUGCAUUGUGACAGCAGUGGAGAAAGAUCCGUCCUUGCGAGGCGUGCAGCAGCACAAGCUGCUCUUUAGAGUUGCAGACUUUAGUGGCUCAGUCACUCUGGCUCUCCCCUUGGGUAUCUUGCGGUCUGCUGCUGCGGCUGCUGCUGCUAAAUCUGCGGCUCCAGGGAGUGGAGCAGUGUCUGCCACCUCCAGUGACGGUCCCUUGCAGCUUUCUGAUGUAGCCAGCGACGCCGCUGCCGCUGCGGCAGCAGACACAGCAGCAGCAGCAGCAUCUGUUGCCGCUGCAGGAACAACCACAGCAGAAGCAGAAGCGCUGAAGCUGCUGCUGCCUCCUUCGGCAGUUUUGCUGCUCGAGGGGGCCUACACGUCGUGGUCAAUGUCGAAGCUGGUCUUGAGUGUGUCUGAUGAAGCCUCCAGAUCUAGGGGGACCCCUGGCCGUGUUUCUGUGCUUGGAUUUUUCUCAUUUCCAUUUUCUCUCUCUCCCUAUGUCAGCGCUUCCUUCGCGGGGAACGCCGAUAAGCCCUGGCAGAAGCCCCCUUCCGCCUCUCCGGCUACCCCAGUGUCUGUACAGGGGUUCAGAGAGGCAAGCAUUGCUGCAAACAAUCUGCUGCUGCAAAAUCCUCUGCAAGAGCAGGACUGCUUGAGCCUGUUAGGACCCCCCGACCCCAUUUUCGCUCUUGAGGACGGCUGA